GGAAGGGGGGGUUCUCUGUGGGCAGCUUGGAUUGGACAAACUUUCUUUGAAAAUGGGCCUUUGCACAGAGGCUGGUGGUCAGACGAACAGGCAGGUGCUCUGGCAAGAGCCCCAAAGACCCUGAGGGCCGCCCUCUUCCCAAGGGGAGAACUCCCUGCAGGAGCGGGCAAGACGGGGCGGGAAGGGACGGGAAGGGACUCGAGAAGCCCUUCCCCUUUUCCCUGUGCCAGCGGGUCGGCCCAGGCCCUCUCUCCCAGUCGGGCUUUUCCCAGAAAGCUAAAAGCAAGAAAGUAACCUUUAGGAUUAAACAGAAACGUUUCUUUGUUUGGGUUUCUUUCUUUCUUUCUUUUUUUUCUCCCUAAGCCUCUUUUCACGUCUGUAGUGGUUUUUCCCCACUUGUCCAGGGGAGGGGGGGCAGAGGAGAAAGGCCGGAGAAUGUCGUCCCAGGCAGUGGGCAACCAGACCUCCUCCGGGGCCACAGAUGACUACUCCAACUGGUACAUCGAUGAGCCCCAGGGGGACCAGGAGCUCCAGCCAGAGGGAGUGCUGCCCACCUGCCACCCCAGCCUGCUGACGGGCCUCCUCCAUGCCGGCCUGGCCCUGCUGUCGAUCCUUGCGCUGCUGUUGCUGGCUGUGCUCGUGAGGUGCCGCCGGCUCCGACCCCACCACGGGCCCGGCAGGCUUGGACUGCCCAGCUUGGUGCCGAGGCUGGGGCGCCCCCACUCAGGUGGCCCGGCUGAUGGGGCCACUCUGGGACGGUGGGGGUUUGUUAGCUCCCUGUGUUUGCUGCUCACCACCAAGGACCCGCUGCCCUUCUUGCCCUUGGCUUCACCCCCCAGCCGAGAUGGAGAAACUGAGAGUCCAAGAGGGUCUUGGAAGAUCAUCGCCCUGCUCUAUUACCCUGCCCUCUACUACCCUCUGGCCGCCUGUGCCACAGUCAAGCAAGGAACCGCACAGCUGCUCGGCAGCAUGCUGUCCUGGGCUCACCUUGGGGUCCAGGUCUGGCAGAACGCAGAGUGUCCUCAGGCACCCAAGAUCUACAAGUACUACUCCCUGCUGGCUUCCCUGCCUCUGCUUCUGGGCCUCGGAUUCCUGAGCCUUUGGUACCCGGUGCAGCUGGUGAGAAGCUUCAGGAACACGGCAGGAGCGGGCUCUGAGGGGCUGCAGAGCAGCUACUGUGAGGAAUAUCUGAGGACCCUCCUUUGCCGGAAGAAGCUGGAAAGCAGCUCCCACACCUCCAAGCAUGGCUUCCUAUCCUGGGCCUGGAUCUGUUACCGAAACUACAUCUACACUCCACAGCGAGGAUUCCGACUCCCUCUGAAGCUGGUGCUUUCAGCCACCUUGACAGGGACAGCCAUCUACCAGGUGGCUCUGCUGCUGCUGGUGGCCGUGGUACCCACCAUCCAGAAGGUGAGGGCGGGCAUCACCACGGACAUCUCCUACCUUCUGGCCGGCUUCGGGAUCAUGCUCUCAGAGGACAGGCAGGAGGUGGUGGGGCUGGUGAAGCAUCACCUGUGGGCUCUGGAAGUUUGCUACAUCUCGGCCUUGGUCCUGUCCUGCUCGCUCAGCUCCCUUAUGCUGAUCCGCUCACUGGUGACCCACAGGGCCAAUCUGCAAGCUCUGCACCGAGGGGCCGCCUUCGACCUGGGCCCCCUGCCCCAGAGUCCCCACCCCUCCCGCGAGGCCAUAUUCUGUUGGAUGAGCUUCAGCGCCUACCAGACGGCUUUUACCUGCCUUGGGCUCCUGGUGCAGCAGAUCAUCUUCUUCCUGGGGACCAUGAUCCUUGCCUUCCUGGUGUUCAUGCCUGUCCUCCAUGGCAGGAACCUUCUGCUCCUCCGAUCCUUGGAGUCCUCAUGGCCCUUCUGGCUGAUCUUGGCCCUGGCUGUGGUCCUACAGAAAAUGGCAGCCCACUGGGUCUUCCUGGAGACUCACCAUGGACACCCAGAGCUUACCAACCGGCGAGUGCUCUACGCAGCCACCUUCUUCCUCUUCCUCAUCAACGUGCUGGUGGGCACCAUGGUGGCCGCUGGGCGCGUGCUCCUCUCCGCCGUCUACAAUGCCGUCCACCUUGGCCAGAUGGAUCUCAGCCUGCUGCCGCCUCGAGCAGCCACUCUCGACCCCGGCUACCACACAUACUGCAGCUUCCUGAAGAUGGAGGCCAGCCAGUCACAUCCGGCCACGACUGCCUUCUGCGCCCUGCUCCUGCAGACCCAGCAGCCCCGGCCUCCCCGGGCCCCCCAGGAUGGCCUCAGACAGGGGGAGGAAGAAGAAGGGAUGCAGCUGCUGCAGACCAAGGACCCCGUGGCCAGGGGAUCAGGGCCCAGGGCCCGCCAAGGCAGGGCCCGCUGGGGGCUGGCCUACACGCUGCUGCACAAUCCGGCUCUGCAGGCCUUCCGAAAGAGGACCCUGUCGGGUGCCCAGGUCAACGGAGCCCAGCCCUGAGGGUGGGGAAGCCACCGUGUCCUUGUCUGUGCUGGGGUGCUUCCCCCCCCCUCCUGCCCCCUCCCUCCAGCCCCCUCCCUCCCAGCUUCCCCAGCAUCCUCCCAGCCACGGGAGCCUCUGGGCCCGCGAGUUCCCGGCAUCGGCAUCAGCUGCCAGCACCAGAAGCCAGGGGGCGCUGUGGUUGGGUGGAGGUCUGUCCCGCAGCCGCAGCCUCCGAAGCGCUCUGGUCUGCCCCCUUGGUCUUGGGAAGCCCGCGCGCGCGAGGGCUCUGGAGGAAGUAAUCAGUGGUUUCGGCCAUGGUCUGGGAGGCAAUGGAACUGGGGUGGCCACCUCCAGGCCCCUCCCCAGGCUGGCUCUGCCACCAGCCUGAGCUCACGCAACCUUCUCCUGACUGGGGUCGGUGAGUCAGGCCAGAACAGCCUCACAUUCCAGCUCAGCCCCACCUCAGCCUUGGAUGCACCACCACGGAACCAGACACAGAGCUUCCUCUCUCCUCCAGCUUCCCCCUCUCCUCUCUGGGGCCUCGUGCCUUCCUGUGAGGCAGCCCAGGAGGAAGCCAUGGGCUCCUACCGGGCAGCAAAGUCAUGGCUCCAACCAGGCCCCACACUGAGCUGGCCACACUUGAGAGCCCGAUAUUUUUGCAGUUGGUAUGCCUUUAGAUAUUAUGAAAGAGGUUAGUGUGCUCUCUGUAAUAAACUUGUC